CAUAAGACUCUGUGGGGGGACCAAUAGCCAUUACCAGGCAAAAAGGCCAUUAGCAGCGAUCAAUACUCAUUCCAUUUCUCCCCUUACUUUUGGCCUUACCGCUCAAUCUCUCUCUCUUGAAAAGAGAAUAUACCAUUAGAAGCACAUUCAAAGAGGUGGAGAUUUCCUGAUAUGGAAAAUAGCAACAACCAGACGUUCCAGCGGCUCCAGAGCCCAAUGAUGAUCAGGUCAUCACCGUCGAGGUUCCAGCGAGUGUGUGUCUUCUGCGGGAGCAGCCCCGGGAAGAACCCGAGCUACCAGAUCGCUGCUAUCCAACUCGGCAAGCAACUGGUGGAGAGGAACAUUGACUUGGUUUAUGGCGGAGGAAGCAUCGGUCUGAUGGGUCUUGUAUCUCAAGUUGUCUACGAUGGGGGCCGUCACGUGUUAGGAGUUAUUCCCAAGACUCUUAUGCCAAGAGAGCUCACGGGAGAGACGAUCGGGGAAGUCAGAGCCGUCUCUGGCAUGCACCAGAGGAAGGCCGAGAUGUCACGUCAAGCUGAUGCAUUCAUCGCCUUGCCCGGGGGAUACGGCACAUUGGAAGAGCUCUUGGAGGUGAUCACCUGGGCUCAGCUAGGAAUUCACGACAAACCGGUGGGAUUGCUGAACGUGGACGGGUACUACAACUCGCUAUUGACAUUCAUAGACAAGGCAGUGGAUGAAGGGUUCGUAACACCAGCUGCUCGUCACAUAAUCGUGUCUGCCCCAACCGCUCAUGAACUGCUCUCCAAGCUUGAGGAGUAUGUUCCCAAGCACUCGGGAGUGGCAUCUAAGCUCAGCUGGGAGAUGGGGCAGCAACUGGGGCACAGUACAAUAUCGGAUAUUGCACGUUGAGCCAGUCACAGGGACAUUGAUGCUGAUGCAGCUAUAGGCUUGCUAGCCAGCAUUACUUAACAGCCGUUUGAUCUAGAUCAGACAUCUCUCAACAGUCAACAGUACAUCAUCCGUAGACGGCGGGCCCCGCCCCCUCGCAGUUCCUCUUGCAACUAAAGCUGUGGAUAAAUUAAUUGUCGUAAUCAAUUAAUUAGUGUGAAAUUCUUUUUUUUUCUAUUUAAUUUUUUGGUGGGGGUAGGAAAUUAGAGUCUGACUUGUAUUCUAUUUCUUUAGGGCCCAAAAUGAAAUUGGAAAUUUGUGUAUAUUCUGAGAAAAAUGUCACCAUCAAUUUUCUUUUUCCUCUUUGUUGUUAUUAUUAUAAAAUGACGAGCAGUUUGUUACCCAUUGCUUUCAUUCUAUAGGGAUUGACGGGUGUAUGGAGAAAGACAUUUCCGUACAUAGGUUAAAAAAAUGUCUAUGUAUAAAUGUAUAUGUCGUGGUA